AUGCGACUGUUUCUCUAUACAUUAUUUAUUUUGGGAUCCCUAAAGACGAUCCUCAGCCAUGUGACGUUCACGAAUCUUAAGUGCGGAUCAAGGGACAGAAAUUUCAUGGAAUUUGAGAAAUGCGACAUCAAAGCGGUGAACCGUACACAUAAAUACAUCGAUAUUUAUAUGAAUCUUUUUCAAAAGCCAGUGGAUAAUAUCACAGUUAACGUAAAGUUAAUGCGGCACGAUCAUGGCUAUAAACCAUUUUUCGUAGACCUUUCCUUCAACGCUUGUAAGUUCCUCAAAAAUCAACGGCAACCGGUUGUGAAAAUGUUUUAUGACAUAUACAAGAAUAGUUCAAACAUUAACCACACAUGUCCCUUUGAUCACGACAUAAUUUUGGAUCAUUUAUGGACUGGAAAUUUGGAAUCGGAUUUUUCGAAAUAUGUUCCGAUGAUGGAUGGCGAUUAUGCUCUUUUUUCCGAAUGGUCUGUAAAUAAUAUUGAUCGGGCUUUUUUGAAUAUAUACAUAAGAAUAUCGGACAGACAAAAAUAA